UAAAUUCCCAAAUCACCCUAAUCAACUUUCUCGGCUCACACCUCCGAAGCCAAAACACGUGCGUCCGAAUAAGUCCGAAAAAUCCGGAAGGCUUGAAGGAGCCAAGAUGGGAUCAGACAACUCCCCAAGACGCCCAACAGCCCCUCCCGGUGAUGCCGAUGAAGAUCUUUUCGAUGGUGGUGAGGAAAUGGAGGGAAAUCCAGGAGAAAAUCCCGCGGAAUUCGUGACAAUGGAGGAGAUUGUGGAUGAUGAUGACUUAGCCAGGAUGGGAGGUGGUUCAGAAUCUGACGAAGAACCUCCAGAGAUGACAGCUGAUGUGGAAGAUGAGGGGGAUUUUGAACCAGCACGCGAUGAUGCAGUCAUGACGUUCCGGGAACAUUCCGGACCUAUUUUCUGUGGGAGUUUUCAUCCCACUGACUCCCUGGUUGUGACUGGAAGUGAAGAUGACACAGCCUACGUGUGGCGACCUGCCAAUGGAGAGGUUGUCUUCAAGGUUGAAGGGCACACAGACACGGUAAUUGCUGCUUCCUUCAGCUACGAUGGGAAUUUCCUCGCCACGGGGGAUCUGGGUGGCUUCCUCCAGGUUUUCCGGGUGUCCGAAGCCUACAGGCGUGUGUGGCAUUUCAACGUUGGCGAUAUGGCAUGGAUGGAGUGGCACAGAGCAUCAAAUGUCCUCAUGGCGGGCAGUGAAAGUGGUGAAGUCUACUUCUGGCGCAUCCCAUCAGGGGAUUGCAAAGUAAUCCAGGGACACAAUUCCAAGGCAGAGUGUGCAAGUCUCACGGCGGAUGCCAAGAAAAUCGUUGUGGGCUACGCUGAUGGUGCUGUGAAGCUGUGGGACAUUAAGACAACCACAAUUGUCCAGGAAAUUCCCCCCAACACUGCUCUUGGGCACACUGAUGGAGUUCUCUGUGUCUCCGCAGAUCCGGAAGGGAAUUUAUUCGUUUCCGGAGGCUCAGACGGAAAGUUGAUUAUUGCUUCCGCUGCUGGACCUCUGGGGAAGGUUGAUGUGGGGAAUUCCGUGGAAGCUGUGGCUUUCUCCCCAAUUGCUGAUUCGCUCAAACUCGUCGCCACGGGGACGCUGGAUGGGAAAAUAACCAUCUGGGAUGUAGCCAGACAGAGCCCCAGGUGUCAGUGUAGGGAUGAUGAAAUGUCCGGUGUGACCAAGUUGUUCUGGACACGCGAUAUGACCCUCUACGCUGCCACACUCGAUGGUUCCGUUAAAAUUUUCGAAGGAAGAAGUGGAAUACUCAAAACCACCUUCCUGGGGCACAAGAAGGAGAUUUAUGACAUUCAACUGGACAAAAAUGGGGAAUUCCUCCUAACAACGAGUGAAGAUGGAACAGCAAAGAUUUUCCGGGCUAUUUCCUAGCUUCCAGGAAGGAAUUUCCUAACCAGGAAGUACCCAAUUCUGUACAUAAUCCCCAAUACAACAAUCCUCGUCAAUAAAUCUUUCUUUUAUCAUAAA